CCCAGGCCGGCCCGCCGCGCCGCGCCCUCCCCGCCCCCAACUCGCUCCCCAACGGAAAGUUCGGCUCCGGCGGCGUGAGGCACCGCGACCGGGCAUGAGAAGGGGUCGGGGGGCGUGCUGAGGGCGCCGGGCGGCGGCGGCGGCGAGGCGGGGGCAACUUCUCCCGGGAAAGCGCCUCCUGCCGACCCCGCGAGCCGCAGCCCCCGAGUGGGCUCGAGGUGGUUUUUCCCUUGCCUUUGCCUCCCCCUGCGGAUUCAAGACGCGGACCUUGGUCCUGGCGCUCCCGCUGCCGGGUGACAAGAGCCAGCGCCGCCGCCGCCGCCUCGGCCGCCGCUCCCUCCGCCCGCCGGCCGCCCCCCCGGCCGCAGCCCCCGCCGCCUGCCGCCUGCCAGCACCAUGGAGUUCUCCGAGAGGAAGAGGAGCAGGAAAUCCCAGAGCUUCAAACUGGUGAGCCGAGAUUAUCACCAUGAGGUAUAUAAGAUCUCAGAAUUCAGCAACGAUGUUAAUGGGGAGGCCAAAGAGACACAACCCAUUUAUUUAGGAAACGAAAGCAUGGAAAUUAAAAAACAAAUUACAGGAAUGAGAAGAUUGCUGAACGACAGCACCGGGAGGGUCUAUCAGCGUGUCGGCAAGGAAGGAGAAAAAUUGAAAGAAGAGCCCCAGGAUUUGGAUUCGGUCUGGCCUCCGCGUUUGAACUCCACUGCUGAGGCCCCACAGAGCCUCCAACCUUCUUCACGUGGUGCAUGGAAUGAGUUACCACCCUCCAGCGGGCAGUUCUCAGGGCAGUACGGCACCCGCUCUAGAACCUUCCAGAGUCAGCCCCAUACCACCGGGAGUUCCAACGGAGAACUUCCAGCAGUGAAUUCGUCAGGUGGAGCAAACUGCUGCACGUGUAACUGCCAGUCGACCUUGCAGGCCAUCCUCCAGGAGCUCAGGACUAUGCGGAAAUUAAUGCAAAUUCAAGCAGCUGGAGCCCAAAACAGACAACAACCCCCGAUUUCCCUCAUAUGCUCCCAGCGAGCCGCGGUCUCGCGCAAGAGAAAUAAAAAGAAAAAAGUGCCCCCAAAGACUGUUGAGCCUCUGCCCGCAAAACAGAAGGCCGGCGUGUUAGGAGCCGAGAAGACAGCAGUGGCCUCUGAGCAGUCCGGUGCCCCGGCGGCCGAGCACCCGUCCCCUGGGGACAGCCGCGUCCUAGGAUUCGGCAUUGUCCUGGAGUCGCCGGCCUCAGAUCCAGAAGUGCAACUUGCUGAAGGCUUUGAUGUGUUCAUGCCUAAAUCACAGCUGGACUCUAUCUUGUCAAACUACACUCGCUCAGGAAGCCUUCUGUUUAGAAAGCUGGUGUGUGCGUUUUUCGACGACAAGACUUUGGCCAACUCCUUACCCAAUGGGAAGAGGAAAAGAGGACUCAAUGACAACCGGAAAGGACUAGACCAAAAUAUUGUGGGUGCAAUAAAAGUCUUCACAGAAAAAUACUGUACCGCUAAUCACGUGGAUAAACUUCCUGGCCCUAGAGACUGGGUACAGAUUCUACAAGAUCAAAUUAAACUGGCCAGAAGAAGGUUAAAAAGAGGCUCAGCAGAGGUAGCGGACGGUGAUGAGAGACUGGACGGCAUCUCUCUACCACCAACAGGUAAUAUAUUUGACACCAGGAGAGGAAACACGGAAGACACAGAGCCAGAUUUCACUGCCUAGACCUCCCUUUUAGUGACAGUGCUCAUGAGCCCACAUAACUCUCCCAUUCGAAUUCCCUCAGAGAUGCACGUAGCGUUUCAGGUUCCUGCCGAGUGUGGGUGUUCUGUGAACGUUCCCCGUCAUACUUGCAGAGUUUUCAUCUUCUUUCUUUGUACUCCGUGAUCAGGCAGCCUCCAAUUUGGUAUAAGAGUUUUAGAAAUCAUUUUUGAAGAGUUGACUCAUUCAUCCCCACUCAGAAGUCCAGCGUAUGACCUAUUUGGUCAUGGCUCACUGAAAAGCAGAGUUCUCUCUGCUCGUUUUUCUCAUAAGCUCAAGGUGAAUAGAUAGAGUUCUGACGCAUAUUUAUUUUAAUGUGCGCUGCAUCGAUGCAGCUUACAGGAGAGCAGCUCUUUCUAGCACUGAGGGAGCGGUUGUGAAGGCCAACGUUAACGAGGCCUUCCGCAGCCUGGAAGAUGAAAAAGUUGUUUGGGGAGACAGGCUAGCUCUGACCUAUUAGAUGAAAUCGUUUGUGACAUCGGCUCUUCCAAAAAUGGCCAUUUGUAACUGAGUAAGAGCAAAUGAUCUGUGAAUUCCUAGGAAAGAAAAACCUUCAACACAGUGACAAAAUAACUAAUUAAAAAGUGAGAAACCCAAAGUAACCAGUGACCGACACGAUACCUAACAACUGUUCUCACAGACGGCUUAGACUGAGCUGUCCGGUGUUCAGGCACGGCGUGGCGGGCAGCCACAAGGCUCCUUGAUAUUAUAUGCUUUAUUUGAGUCCCGGUAUACCUGCCUUCCUCUUCACAUGAAAGCAACAUACGAAAAUAUGGGCUUAUACUAAAGCAAUAUCUUGCCGUGUUUUACAGAAAUAUUUACCUCCAGAGUCCCUUCUCCGAAAAGAUGGUGACUGUAAACCGUUUUCCUCACAAACACUGCAUGUAGACCUCAUUCACUGUAUAAAGCAAAUUACCGUGAAAUCUUUGGCGCUCGACCCAAAGGCCAAAUGUUGGCUGGAAGGAAAUGUGGACCGUAGAAAUGCCAAGCCAGAGGUGGGGAAACGGUUGUGCUCACCGUUUCCGACCUUUGCCUGGCACUUCCGAAGGCUUAGUGCGGCAGAGCUCAAAGUUACUGUGUAGGCGCCCUGUCCAAGGCCCUUGUGCCGUCCAACACUGGACCUGAGCCGGGAGGGGCUCCGGGGCGGGUCAGCGGCCCACUGACCACCAGCUCAUCAACUGGAAACCGUAGGAGGCUUCCCUGAAAUGUGACAAAACUGGUUCUAGGUGUGACUCGUGGAAUCAGUCUAACUGCGAGACCGUGGCUUCUCGUAUCUGUGUCUCCUGUCUUACUUCUGAAGCUGUGAGGAAGGUUCAGAGAAACCGUUCGCAGCACACCCUAGAGGUGUUUUCAGCCUUUUUCAUUUUAGGCCAGUUGGUGGUCCCUUCCCUGAGCCCAGUCCUGGGGGAAAACACUACACACCAGGGCUCUGGUUUUUCUGCAGCGUAGGUUUGAAAAAUUUGUCUCCUGCCCCUCAGAAGGAAAUCUUUCUCAUGGGAACUGAAAAGAUUCCUUAGUGACCUUUCCACUCUGUUACAGUUAGAUGAGCGUGUUGCUAAUAAAGGUGGAAACAUUUACCUUACAACCGUGGGAUCUGUUAAAUCUGCAUCAUGAACCUUCAAAAGCACUUCCUUCCAAGCCUGGGCGACUGCUUGGAGUUUUCAGUACUUGAGGAGGAGAGGGGAUUGUUCACCUCACAAAUACGUGCAAUGCAUCCACAGAUUGGAGACACAUAUCACAAAACGGCGACAGUAAAAUCCUAUUUUGUACAUUCAAAUUGUAUUUGUGUUUACUUCCUGUGACUACUGUUCAGACUUUAUUCAGAAAUCCUUUUUAUAGGCGCUCUUAGCAAAAGGAAAAAUUCCGUGUCUAUGGAUGUCUCAAUCUUCUGUAUAUACGUUUUAUUAAUAUGUAAAUAUUUAGAUUUUUUUAAAAUUACUAUGUUCUUUAAAAAAAAUUUCAACACAAGGCUAGUUGUGAAAAUGGUGUAUAACGUUGUGUUGUGAUAUCAAGUCCCAAGAUGCUCUUUAUGUCCGUUCCAGAAGAACACAAUAAAUUACUUUAAUUGAGCAUG